UCACUGCUGAUGAUCACCAAUUUGGCAAUCCUCACAUCACUCUGUGGCUCAAUUCAGUUUGUCGACGUCCCAGACCAGCGGUCAGGUGCCGUGUUAAAAUUAAAAGGAUAGCAACAUCAAAUCUUCAGGAUGCUGUUUGUUUUUUUAUCAUCUGUUUGGUUCCUCUUCAACAUUGGGACAAGCACUGCAGGGCAAUCUGAUCUGAGAAUUACAACAAUCCUGCAAGAGCCUUACACAAUGUCCAAAGGCUCCCAACUGGAAGGCUUCUGCAUGGACCUGUUGUCUGAAGUAGCCAAAAAGCUGGACUUCAGGUACAAAGUGCACCUGGUGAAGGACGCCUCGUAUGGCAGACAGGAUGACAACGGACAAUGGAACGGGAUGGUUGGCGAAGUGGUGCGAGGGGAGGCCGAUUUGGCAAUCGCACCGCUGACCCUCACCGCGGCUCGGGAGAAGGCGGUAGGCAUGACCAAACCCUUCAUGCAGACAGGAAUAAGCAUCCUGCUGAGGAAGGACAUCUCUGAGGGGACGGGCUUCUUUGACUUCCUCACUCCCUUUUCAGCCGAGACUUGGGCUGGUAUUAUCAUCGCCUACCUGGGAACUGCUGCCUGCAUCUCUAUUGUGGCCAGGGUCAGCCCGAGUGAGUGGAGUCAACCUGAGAGUGAGCGGAGCAUGUUCAACCUUGCACACAGUCUGUGGUACGCCGCCGGGGCGCUAACGCUACAAGGUGCUGGCCCGCAUCCCAACGCGCUGUCAGGACGUGUGGUCUGCUGCAGCUGGUGGCUCUUUGCUGUGGUCAUUCUGGCUUGUUAUUUCUCCAACCUCAGCUCAUCCAAAAGCUCAGAGUCCACUCAGCUGAGCGUGAAAGGCUUCGAGGACUUGGCUAAUCAAGAUGUGAUUGAAUACGGAUGUUUGAGCGCCUCGUCCACGCUGGCCUUCUUCAAGAAUUCCGACAACCCGGUGUAUCGCAGGAUCUACGAGCACAUGGAGAGAAGUCAAAGUCUUGUAUCGUCCAUGGAUGAAGGCAUCCGGCGUGCAAAGGAAGGCAACUUUGCCUUCAUCGGGGAGUCGGUGUCUCUGGACUUGGCGGUGGCACGCCACUGCGACCUGGUCAGAGCUCACGAGGUGGUCGGCAUGAGAGGAUACAGCAUCGCCGCCAGGCUGGAAUCUCCGAUCAUAAAGAAUCUGAGUGUAGCCAUCCUGCAGCUGAGCGAGGCGGGCGAGCUGGCUUAUCUGCAGAGCAAAUGGUGGGCCAGCAGCUGCAUGGUGGACAAGGCUAAGGCGGCAGCUGUGCAACCGCAUAGUCUCAAGGGAAUGUUUGUGGUCCUUGCGUUGGGCCUCACGCUUGGAAUGCUGCUGGCCAUCCUGGAGCUCGCCUCCAGGAGUCGCAGCAGUGCAGUGGAGCAGAAGAAAUCCUUCUGCCGGGUGCUGACUGAAGAGCUCGGCUUGCGUUUCAGGAACAAAAGCAACAGUGCGACAAAGCGAGCUGAAGAGCUCGCUGAUAAAGAAACAGAAAAAGCAUAGAAUCAUUCGUCACCUACUGACAAAUGGCCUAUAACUUAUAAAAACCUCUAACAAUAAUAGCUCAGUAAUAAUUCAUCCAAAUACACAAAUAAUUAACAACUAAUUGUGAGCUGAAAUAACACUUUGCAUAAAAGUAAAAACUAAA